UUAGGCUUCCUCAACUCUGGCAUUUCCGUCGGAAACAGAACUCUACACCAUCAAGCAUGGCAGAAGAAGAAGAAGGAGAAGGAUGGGACGGCGCCCUUAUAGCAGAGCUAUACAAACCGCCUGCUCUGCUCCCUAUCGCUCAGCUCAAAGACUCCCUUCUCUACGCCAUAGAAACCCAUCCUGUUACCAUUAUUGUCGGCGAGACUGGGAGCGGCAAGACUACUCAGAUACCCCAGUUUCUUCACAAAGCAGGAUGGACCUCCAACGGCUCCCAAAUUGCUGUGACGCAGCCUCGCAGAAUAGCUGCAACGAGCGUAAGCGCACGCGUCGCUGAAGAGAUGAAUUGCCAGGUCGGGCAAGAGGUGGGCUACUCUAUUCGGUUCGAAGAUGUGACAUCUGCGAAAACAAAGAUCAAGUUCGUCACCGACGGCCUGCUCCUGCGGGAGAUGCUCGUGGAUCCGCUCCUCAAGCGGUACUCCGUGGUUAUGGUCGAUGAAGCGCAUGAGAGAUCGCUGAGCUCUGAUAUCCUGCUCAGCUUGCUCAAGAAGGUCCUCAGAAAGCGCCCGGACCUGCGCGUCGUCGUGUCUAGCGCUACUCUAGAUGCGGAGAAGUUUCUAGACUUCUUUGCGCCUGACGAAGGCGAGACGGUGAAUGGGAAGACGAAAGAGGAGUACGGAGCUAUCAUCAGCAUCGAGGGACGCACGCAUCCAGUCGAUGUCUUCUACCUUGCCGAGCCAACCCACGACUAUGUCGAACGAGCCGUGGACACCGUCAUGGACAUCCACACCAGCGGAGACGACGGUGACGUCCUCCUCUUCCUCACUGGACGCGAAGAGAUCGAAAAGGCAAUCGACACGAUAGCAGACCGUAUCGCCGACUUAGGCCCGGGUCACAAAACACUUCAGCCCUUGCCUCUCUACGCCGGUCUUCCGACCGAUCAGCAAAUGUAUGUCUUCCAAAAGGCUGCUGAGAACACACGGAAAGUGAUCGUAUCCACGAACAUUGCGGAAGCCUCCGUUACCAUCGACGGUAUCAUCCACGUCGUCGACUGCGGUUUCGUCAAGCUCCGCGCGUACGAUCCCGUCCUUGGAAUCGAGCGUCUAAGCGUCGUGCCGGUCUCCAAGGCAUCCGCCACCCAGCGCGCGGGUAGGGCUGGUCGCACACGAGCAGGGAAGUGCUACCGUCUCUAUACAGAAGAGACAUUCGCAUCCCUCGAGGACGCCACCUUCCCUGAAAUCCAGCGAAGCAACCUCGCCCCCGUAAUCCUGCAACUCAUGAACCUCGGCAUCACGAACCUCGUCCGGUUCGAUUACCUCUCCAACCCUCCGUCGAAACUCAUCGUCCGCGCCUUAGAUGUCUUGUAUUCACUCGGCGCCGUCGAUAUACAUGGACGUCUGACAAAGCCCCUGGGAACACGCAUGGCCGAACUCCCACUCGAGCCUAUGCUCGCCAAAGCGCUGCUAAAUGCGCCGGCGUUCGGCUGCCUAUCUGAAAUGCUCACUAUAGCCGCGAUGCUAACGUUGCAGGGCAACGUCUUCAUCUCGCACGACGGCUCGCAGAAGUUGCUCGACAAAGCCCGUCGCAAGUUUGCCGUCAAAGAAGGCGAUCAUCUCACGCUGUACAACGUGUACGAGGCUUUCGUCAGCGCGGGCAAGAAGGACGCGCAGUGGUGUCGCGAAAACAGUCUGAACUACAAAGCCAUGUUGAAGGCUGUCAGCGUGCGGAAGCAGCUGCGACAUUACCUGGAGCGCAUGGGCGUCCAAGAAAGCGCGCUGGGCGGCGCGGAUGUGAAACGCGCUGGUGGAAUGGACAUGGUGGAGCGGGUGAGCCGGUGUCUAACCACAGGCUUCUUUGCGCAUGCGGCUAGGAUGAAGAGCGAUGGGAGUUUUCAGCCGGUGAGCGGGGAUACGACGCUGUGGGCGCAUCCGAGCUCGGUGUUCUUUCAUCGCAAGGCCGACUGGGUUAUUUACCAUGAGAUCCUGGAGGCGCGUAACAAGAUAUAUAUUCGUGACUUGACGAGUAUUGAGAUGGACUGGCUGACCGAGUAUGCGCCGGACUACUACAAGAUUACAAACAGGUAGGACGACUAUGGAGGCUCGGGAGUCAGUGACAGAGUAAAGGGUGUCUGAUAAGCAGCGAGCGAAUGAGAAAAUAUGAGAGCGACACGAAUGAAG